CCUCUCCCCUCGUCCCUAUCCCCUCAGAUUAACAUUAAUCAAAAAUAAGAAUGACGCUGGAGGAUUUCGAAAAGUCGCUGGCGGAGGAGCACGACAAGCGACGCGACCGGGGCGACAAAGACCGGCGUCGACACCGCGACCACGACCGCGACCGCAGCCGAGAACGAUCCUCAAGACACCACCGCCAUCACCACAGCCGUCGCCAUUCGUCGCGAUCUCGCGAGCGACGGUCCGACCGACAUGGUGAGUCGCGGCACAGCGAGGAGGGGGGGCACCGGCACAAACGAUCGCGUCAUUCGACCGAGCACGGCGACGACCGAGAGCACAAGCGCCGACACCGACACGAUGAGAGCAGAGGAGCGGGAGAAGAGGAGACGGAGUCGUCCCGGUCUCCUGUGAAGGAAGAUGUGGUGGCCCAGGAGGAGGCCCCGAGGCCCAAGCGAGACGCGUGGAUGGAAGCGCCCUCCGCGUUGGACGUGGACUACGUGCACCGUCCCAACGCGGGACAUUUGCAGGAGGAGCCGCAGCCUCGCAUGCUGGGGGCCGAUUUCGAGCUGAAAAUCCACAACCGGGAGUUAAAUACACAUCUACGCGACCUCCAGGACGGGAAGGCAUUGGAGGAGAUUGAAACCGAGCCUGCCACGCACGAGGUGGAUUAUACUUUUGGGGAUGCCGGGGCGAACUGGCGGAUGACCAAGCUCCGUGCCGUCUACAGGGAAGCCGAGGAGAACCAGAAGAGCGUGGAGGAGGUUGCCAUGGAGCGGUUCGGGGAUAUCCGCACAUUCGACGAUGCCCGCGAGGAGGAAGCCGAACUGGAUCGUCGCGAAACGUACGGCGAGGGGUAUGUGGGCAAAGAAAAGCCUACGGGGGAGCUGUUCCAGGAACGGAAGUUGGAUGCCGGUGUACAUCGGGACCCUCACGAACAUCUCCACGACCCUGCGGAAAACCUCGAGGCGCGUGGGCAGGGGGAGCCGAUGAAGAGCGAAGCGCCUCCGAAUACCAGCCAACCGCUGGACCUGACAGCCCUCAACCGGCUCAAGGCGCAAAUGAUGAAAGCCAAGCUGAAGGGAUCGGCCGAUGCGGCCGAGCUGGAAGAGCGCUACAAUGAGGCGGCAGCCAACAUGUCCAACCGCAAAGCACCGGUAACCGUGGUGCUGGGGGUGAUGGAGAAUCGAAUGCUGGCCGGACAGAGGGGCGAGGUCAAGGCGGUCGAAAACAGGCGUGGUCGCGAGCGCGGACUAGUGGAGGAAAACGAAGACAUGAGCAUUGAGGACAUGGUCCGGGAGGAGCGUCGAACGCGGGAUCUAGGGGAUGGGCGACGGAUGGCCGAAAGGAUCGCGAAGGACGCGAAAUUCGAGAAUGACCUCGAGUACAUGGACGACAACGCUUCGAAAUUAGCUAAGCGGGUGCAUCAGUCGGAAAUUAACCUCAAAAACGCCUCGAUCGGCGAAUUCCAGAAGAUGAACCGGAUCCUGGACAACUGUCCGUUGUGCCACCACGAGGACACCAACACGCCGCCGGUCGCGCCGGUCGUGUCGCUGGCAACGCGGGUGUUCCUGACCCUCCCCACGGAGCCGGAGCUCAACGAGGGGAGCGCGACGAUCGUGCCCAUCCAGCACCGGACGAACCUGGUGGAGUGCGACGACGACGAAUGGGAAGAGAUUCGCAACUUCAUGAAGAGCCUGACGCGCAUGUACCACGAUCAGGGUCGCGACGUGAUCUUCUACGAGAACGCAGCGCAGCCCCAGCGCCGGCGCCACGCGGCGAUGGAGGCCGUGCCGCUUCCGUACAGCCUGGGGGAGACCGCCCCGGCGUUCUUCAAGGAGGCGAUUCUGUCCGCGGACGCGGAGUGGUCACAGCACCGGAAGUUGAUCGACACCCUCAAGGCCGCUAAGCAGGGACAAGGUCGGAACGCUUUCCGACGCUCCCUGGUCAAGGAGAUGCCGUACUUCCACGUCUGGCUAGAGCUGGACGGGGGCCUGGGCCACGUGGUCGAGGACGAGAACCGGUGGCCCCGUGGGGAUCAGUUUGCGCGGGAAGUCAUCGGGGGCAUGUUAGAUCUGGGGCCCGAGGUGAUCAAACGACAGGGACGUUGGCACCGGGGCGGCGAUCGCCGGCUGGACGGAUUUCGACGCCGGUGGAGGAAGUUCGAUUGGACGCGAGUCUUGGUGGAGGGAUAGUUCAUCUACCCCUGUAUCUCAUGAAGGGAUCAGUAUCAUAUUUCGAUUUAGCGUAUUAUCGCAACCCUGUCCUUCACGCGUUGAUCUAUAUAGCCUAUAUGCGGUAUACGUUCGGUCAACUCUCGCCCGAGUGCGGGGAUGGGAUUGCGGCGGAAGACUCCGAAGACAGUGGGGAAUCAGGAUAUACUGAAUGAAGACAUU